AGAGCAGACAGAAGGGCCACAUCUGCAAGAGCAACAACUGCUGGCGGCGCUUGCCCAGCUCUUCACUUGCCAUUCUGCCUCGAAGUUCUCAAGCCUUUUCGUUUACCAUCCGUCGCUAUGCCUGUCGUGAGCGUCGGCUUCAUCGGCUCCGGGCGCCUGGCCGAGCGCGUGGCGCGUGACCUGGUCAAGAACGUGACCCCGCAGCGCAAGUUCAGCUACAAGAAGCAGCGUCUCGUGUCCACUCUGCUGGCCUCGGACCCGUCCGAGGAACGACGGCGAGUCUUUCACCGUCUGGGCUUCACCACCACGGAGACCAAUCAGACUGUGCUCGCAGACUGCGACCUCGUCUUCCUGGGCACCAACGCACGCGAGGCGCUGGCCGCCCACGCCACCAACGCCCACACACUCUACGUGAGUCUCAUGGGCGACUUACCAGCCCAACAGGUCGAGGAGCUCCUGUGUCCGGGCGCUAAAGUCAUUCGUAUGAUGCCGAAGAGUUACCUGGAGAAGGCAGGUCUGCCCAAAGGCGUUCUGCCGCCGCGCUCUUGGGCCACAGUCCGCGGUUCACACGUGAGCGAUCAGGACUUGGAGAAGGUGAUGCGCAUCGCUGGCAUCGACAAAUGCGUCGAAGUAGACGAGAACUUGACGUCCUGGUCGUUCCCCCAUGAAGAGGAUGGCAAGAGUCUGAUCCACCGGUUCGUCAGCACCAUGAGCGACCACGCCGUCGCCGCUUCCCAGGCUGUGCACAAGCUCGACAAGAUGAGCUUCCGACAGGACGCCGAGGUGGUGGCUGACUUUAAAGACACGUACGAACUAGGACUGGAACUUGGCUCUGGCAAGUUCUCUACCGUUUUUGAAGCUACACACCGCGAGACGGGGGAGACUGUAGCUGUCAAGUCUAUAAAAGACGACGCUAUGACUCAAGAAGGGUGCGAGGUGUUGAUCGCUGAAGUGGGAGCUCUUAACCGCCUGAAACACCCCAACAUCAUCUCCCACUAUGGAUUCUAUAAUGAGGACGGCAAGUAUUUGCUCGUACUGGAAUAUUGCAACCAGGGCAGCGUCCGUAAAAUGAUGGACGAACAAAAUGUCGUCCCUGAGCACUUGGCUAAACAGAUCUUGAAGCAGACGCUGUCUGCACUGGAGUACUGCCACUCUAUGGGUCAGGUACACCGCGAUGUCAAGGCCGAGAACGUUUUGCUCUCGGAGAACGAGGACGGCUCGAUUACUGCUAAACUUGCGGACUUUGGCCUCUCGGAGGAGCUGGAGCUGGCCAAUCGCCGUCUCGAGACUAUGUGUGGCACUCCGCAAUAUCUGAGUCCCGAGCUGGUGUCGGGUCGCCUGCACGGCACACCGGCAGACAUCUGGAGCACAGGCAUCCUCGCCUACAUGAUGCUGACUGGACUAGUGCCAUUCGAUGAGGCCAAGAACGAUGUGGAGCUGUUCAAGCUCAUCAGUCUAGGCGCUGUGUGGUACGAUCAGCCGCAAUGGGAAUCGGUAUCUGCAGAGGCUAAAAGCUUCGUGCAGAGCAUGCUGGACAUUUCCCCGGAGUCGCGUCCUUCAGCAGCGGAGCUCUUGAAGCACGAGUGGCUUCAAGACGCAUGAUGUAGCCAUCUUUUGGUAGGAUGGCUACAGCAUGCUUCAUUAUUAACUAUUGUAGUGAUUAGUAUUCAAUUGAGUAGGUUUAACAAGUUUCACAGUUAUUUUAUUUUGUUCCGACU